AUAACCAAUGAUAAGAGCAAUUUUUUACUAACCAAUAUCUUAUUCUGUGAUUUUCUCGAAGAAUUUUCCAUCGUCUUCUUCAGCCGGUACCUCCAUUUUGUUUAUUACAACAGCGAAGAGUAUCGAAAUAUCGUUGAUACAAUAUCAUAUUGUACGUGGAACAUUAUCAACGUGUAACAUUGUAAUAAGAUAGUGGUCUAUAGAAAAAAAAAGAUUGCAACAUGUCUCAUGGAGGUAGAAAUGAAUGCAGGAUUUACGUGGGCAAUUUACCACCAGACAUAAGAACAAAAGAUAUUCAAGAUCUUUUCUAUAAGUUUGGGAAAGUUACGUUUGUGGAUUUAAAAAAUCGUAGGGGACCACCAUUCGCGUUCGUCGAAUUUGACGAUCCAAGAGAUGCUGAAGAUGCUGUACAUGCCAGAGAUGGAUAUGAUUAUGACGGUUACCGAUUAAGAGUUGAAUUUCCAAGAGGUGGUGGUCCAAGUAAUAAUUUCCGUGGAGGUCGUGGAGCAGGAGAUACUGGUAGAGGUGGACGGGGUGAAAUGAGUAACUCUCGUGGACGUGGUCCACCAGCUAGACGUUCUCAAUAUAGAGUUCUUGUUACCGGCUUACCUCCAUCCGGAAGUUGGCAAGAUUUGAAAGAUCACAUGCGGGAAGCUGGCGAUGUAUGCUUUGCAGAUGUAUAUAAAGAUGGAACAGGAGUUGUUGAAUUUUUGCGCUACGAAGAUAUGAAAUAUGCAGUGAAAAAACUUGAUGAUUCAAGAUUUAGGUCUCAUGAGGGCGAAGUGGCAUAUAUACGCGUUAAAGAAGAUCACAACAGUGGCGACAGAGGACGUAGUGAGGAUAGAGAAAGGGGUAGAAGCCGUUCACGAAGCUAUAGCCCACGACGCCGUGGUUCUCCUACAUAUUCACCGUUACGGCGUAAUUACUCGCGCUCAAGAUCACACUCCAAAUCUCGAUCGUACGACUAGUGUGUACGUAUAUGUUUCACAUGGUAAUAUAAGUAAAUGUUUAUUGA